GCGUUGCGGGGAUAUAGGUCCGUUAGCCGCCAUUUUCGUUAGCUGAUGUCGCAGGAGCGAUCGGUGCGGUCAUACAGUUAGCUCGCUCUUCUAUCUGCUACCAAUUCACGUUUGAAAACUCCAGACCUGUUCGCAUCGACGAAGUCCGUCUGAGAUCGUGUACUUUUAAUCUGUGUGAGUCGCUAAACAGAGGAAGAAGAUGUCGAACGAGCAGCAGGCCGAAAACACGACCGAGAAAGCGGGUCCACCGCAGGCACCGCAGCAGCAGCAGCAGGGAGAAGUGAAUGGGAAAGCCAAGCAUGAGGCCAAUGCAAGCAGGAAGGAGAGGCCCCAGAAGAGAGGUGGAGGUGGGCGCUACGAACCCUAUGGGAACGUGAACAAGAGAUACCGGGUCUUUGUCAGCAACAUCCCAUAUGAUGUCAAAUGGCAAGCCCUCAAAGACCUGAUGAAAGAAAAAGUGGGUGAGGUAACGUACGUGGAACACUUAAUGGACGCAGAAGGCAAAUCGAGGGUAAGUGCAAAUACAUACAAAAUAUGACUAAUGAAAGACAAACCUGUGUUUGUCAGCUUUGGUUUCUUUACUUUCAUUGUUGGGAAUUGUUCAGAUUCAGAAAGCUGGUGGAGUGUGUGAGAUGGUGAAAUCUCGGAGAUGUGUUUUAUGUGGUGUCGUCUGUGGCACUGUCUUGAGGCCACCCGGAGUUUGAUGUUAUUACAACAGGUCUUCAGCUUUCUUCGAAGGCAAUCCUGUGGGAUUGCAGUAGCUGACAAUGUCCCUUUGGUUGCUGGAUUUGCUUCAUAUGAACUAAAGGGGUCAAGAGGUUGUUACAAGGUGGUUAGAUUGUUGUUAAUGUAACUCAUUCUGUAGAACUGUUCUACUGGAAAAUACUCCUCCAAUAUCUUAGUAGUUGGGAAUCCUAUUUCACUGUGGAUUUUCUGCCCUUUGGAUGUUGGAAAAAUCACUUUAUAUUUGCCAGACUUCGCUGCAUUGUGUUAAAAGAAUUGGGGGAAAUGUGAGACUUUAAUGUAAUUUUAUUUGGAAGCACAGAGCUCUGGACAAGGCUGUAGGUAUUUGUGAUGAACUGUUGUGCAUGAAACUCUACUUUUGCUUAGUUUGUUUUACAAUUUAAUCUCUCAAUCUGUUCACCACCUCCUUCUUGUUUUUACUAAUUGUAAUUGUUCUUUACAACUUUUGGUGCGGCCUGUUCUUAAUUCUUCAAUCAACAAAGGGUUGUGCUGUUGUUGAGUUUAGGACUGAGGAGCUAAUGAAGAAAGCGGUGGAGAAAGUAAACAAGCACAACUUCAAUGGACGACCCCUAAAAGUGAAGGAGGACCCCGAUGGUGUGAUUACUCAGAGGGAAAUGAGCAAAGUUCAAGGUGCAGGACCUCCAGGAGGCCAUGGAGGAAUGGGUGGAAUGGGAGGAAUGGACCGCAUGGGAGGAAUGGACCGCAUGCACAUGGAUCGAAUGGGCCCUGGAUCAAAUGGUAUGGUCAACAUUCCUCCCAGCAUGAUGAACAACCCCAACAUCCCCAAUGAGGUCAUUCAUGGUCUCCAGGCUGGCAAGAUUGGCAGCACUGUCUUCGUUGCUAAUCUUGAUUACAAAGUGGGCUGGAAGAAGCUGAAGGAGGUGUUCAACAUGGCCGGCCUGGUGGUGAGGGCUGACAUUCUUGAGGACAAGGAUGGGAAAAGCAGAGGCAUGGGCACAGUGACCUUCGAGAUGCCCCUUGAAGCAGUCCAGGCUGUCUCUAUGUUCAAUGGGCAGCUGCUGUUCAACAGGGUCAUGCAUGUCAAACUGGAUGAGAAGUCCCUGCCCAAAGAUUUUGGACCACCUGAACGAGGUUCUUCUCUUCCCCGUGGUCUCAGUGGUAUCGGUUUGGGUCUGGGGCCUGGUGGCCAGCCCAUUGAUGCUACUCAACUCAACAGAGGAGGAGGUGGCGGCGGCGGCAACGGAGCAAUGGGCAACAUGGGCCCUGGAGGAAUGGACGGAAUGGGCUUUGGCAACGUGGGAGGUCGUAUGGGAGGAGGAGGUGGAGGUGGUGGAAUGGAAAAUUUUGGUGGCAUGAACAACAUGGAUCGUUUUGCCUCCUCAGGGAUGGGUCGAAUGAACGAGAUGGACCGUGGGAUUGGUGGUGCUUUUGACAGGGAGUUUGGGCGGAAUGAAAUGGGAAUGUCUCGCAAUAAUUAUGGAGAAUCCUUUGAAAGAGGAAUGGGUAACUCUAUGGGUAUGGACCGCAUGAGCUCUGGAAUGGAUCGGCUGGGAACCAGCAUGGACCGCAUGGCAGGGAUGGACCGCAUGGGCAUGGAAAGGAUGGAACGUGGGGCUGACCUGGACAGGCUGGGUUCUGGUUUCGAUCGAAUGGGCUCUGGGAUGGACCGGCUGGGGCCCAGUAUGGACAGGCUUGCACCUGGCCUUGACCGUAUGAGCUCCAGCAUGGACCGCAUCGGCUCAGCAGGGUUUGAUCGCUUGGGCCCGUCUAAUAUGGAUCGCAUGGGUUCUGGCCUGGACUUUGGCGCUCCAAUGAAUAUGGAACGCAUGGGCAACACUGGCAUUGACAGGAUGCCCACUAGCUUUGACCGCAUGGGCUCUGCUGGAGGAAUAGACCGCUUCUCCUCGGGUGGCCUGGACCGCAUGACUUCUGGAAUGGAUCGUAUGGGAUCCGCAGGUGCUGGCGGCCAGUUUGACCGUCCUGCUGACCUGGAUCGUGGAUUCGGUGGCAAUUCCUUUGGAGGAGCUGGAGCUGGAGGAGCUGGAGCUGGUGGAGGCAAUAUCAGGAAGGGAUGCCAAAUCUUUGUCAGAAAUCUGCCAUUUGACUUCACCUGGAAGAUGCUGAAAGAUACCUUCAAUACAUGUGGCAUGGUCCAGUAUGCUGAUAUCAAGAUGGAGAAUGGCAAGUCCAAGGGCUGUGGUGUGGUCCGCUUUGACAACCCCGAAACUGCUGAGCGUGCCUGCCGAACCAUGAAUGGCUACCGGCUGAACGGAAGGGAGAUCGAUGUUAGGAUUGAUAGGAAUGCAUAAGUUAAUAGUCUGGGUCACUUCUGACAUUUCAAGUAGUCAUUCAUGUCUAAAAACGUAUCAUCUGAAUCGCCCAUGAACUUUAUAUAAACACACGGUUUGUUUAGAUAUAUCUAACUUCAAAUGUUUUAGUUAAAAAUUUGUAGCGGUGAAUGUGUUUUAGUUCUUAAAUUUUACUUUACUUUAUUUUUUAUAGUGACCAAACUUUUAAUUUUUUUUUCUGUAAUGUUUCAACUUGUCAUUGCCUUUGUGCUAUAAGGUGUUUUGAUAAAUAAACCUCAAUAUUUGAAA